AAGGGCAGGCAGGGGCCCCCCGCGUGGACUUUACCGCGCAUGCGCGGGGGGCGGGCACUAGCUGAGGACGGAGGCCGUGGUGGCCGAUGAGGACGCCUGGGUUCGCCAUCGAACGACAAUGAAGCAGCAGCCGGCAGCGGCGGCUAUGACGACGAGCCCCAAUGGCACUGGCACUGCAGUCCCGGCCUUUCUCAGUAAGCUCUGGGCGCUGGUGGGCGACGCGCCGAGCAAUCAGCUCAUCACCUGGAGCCAGAAUGGCCAGAGUUUCCUUGUGUUGGAUGAACAAAGAUUUGCAAAAGAGAUUCUUCCAAAGUACUUCAAGCACAACAACAUGGCAAGUUUUGUGAGACAACUAAAUAUGUAUGGUUUCCGAAAGGUAGUCCAUGUUGACUCUGGUAUUGUCAAAUUGGAGCGUGAUGGCCCUGUUGAGUUCCAGCACCCUUAUUUCAAGCAAGGACGGGAAGAUUUAUUAGAACACAUUAAAAGAAAGGUUUCUUCUUCAAGACCAGAGGAAAACAAAAUUCGUCAGGAAGACCUAUCUAAAAUCAUAACCAGUGCUCAGAAAGUUCAAAUUAAACAAGAAACUAUUGAAUCCAGACUCACUGCUCUGAAAAGAGAAAAUGAAUCUCUUUGGCGUGAAGUAGCUGAACUGAGAGCAAAACAUUUGCAGCAGCAGCAAGUUAUUCGGAAGAUUGUACAGUUCAUUGUUACCCUUGUUCAGAAUAACCAGCUUGUAAGUUUAAAACGUAAACGCCCAUUACUUCUGAAUACCAAUGGGACUCCAAAGUCCAACUUGUUCCAGCAUAUAGUCAAAGAUCCUGCAGAAAACAAACAUCACGUACCACUCAACAGGGCAGACAGCCUAAAGCAAAGAGAACAGUUAUCAGAUGAUAUUAUUAUUUAUGAUAUCACUGAUGAUGUUGGUGAUGAAGAAAAAGCUCCAGUUACGCCAGAAACCAGUGAGGACAUGGCUUCAGAUUCAAACUGUAGCCAUUAUCCUGAUAUUGUAAUAGUAGAAGAUGAUGAGGAGGAGGAUUAUGGUCCUAUAAUUCAAGAAAACACAAGUGCUGCAUCAGUAUCCGUUCCAUCCAGUGGUUCUGUCAGCCCUUCCACUGAUGGUUCAAGCCCAUUAAUGUCCAGUGCUGUGCAGUUAAACAGCCAGUCAACCUUAACUGCAGAAGACCCAGUCUCAAUGAUGGAUUCUAUACUCAGUGAGAAUGGUGUGAUUUCACAGAAUAUCAAUCUGCUUGGAAAGGUUGAGCUUCUCGACUACCUUGAGAGCAUUGAUUGCAGUUUAGAGGAUUUCCAGGCCAUGCUCUCAGGACGGCAGUUCAGCAUAGACCCAGAUCUUCUAGUAGAUCUUUUUUCAAGUUCCGUGCAGAUGAAUCCUACAGGUCAUAUCAGUAGUACAAAAUUGGAGACAAAGGGAAUUGAAUCUAUGAAGACAAAUGGCACUCACCCAGCUGAUGAAGAUGUGUCUGAUUCUAACCCGAAGUCAGAUAAACAACUUAUUCAGUAUACUGCUUUCCCCCUUCUUGCAUUUCUUGAUGGAAAUCCCAGCUCGACGAUAGAGAGUACGAAUCCCACAUCUGAAGUGGCGUCUUCUAUAGAUAAACCAUUAGAAGUAGAUGAACUCCUGGAAAGCAGUCUUGAUCCUCAGCCAACCCAAAGCAAACUUGUCCGUCUAGAACCGCUGACAGAAGCAGAAGCCAGUGAAGCUACACUGUUUUAUUUGUGUGAACUUGCUCCUGUGCCAAUGGACACUGAUAUGCCACUAUUGAGCAACUAACACAAGUGUUGAGACAGAGUAUUUAUUUAGAUCUUUUGUAAAUGGAAUUUUGUGAGAGCAUAUAAUGUGGAACCUAAAACAGCUAAUUCUGUCACUUUUACACAAGUUCAGUCAAAGCAGUUUAAGCAUUUAUACAAACCUACAGUUUGGUCACAUUAGUACACUUCUAGUGCUGUCUAUUUGGAACUAAGCAUAUUCAGAAUAUACUGGGUAAUCAAAUAUGCUCAAUUAACCUAUUACGGUUUCUGUUUGCUUUUGGUCCUAAUGUAUGACUCAAGUAAUUCAUUAGUGUACAAUGGGGGAAGGAAUGAUAUAGCACUCCAGUUUUAUUCUUCUGUACUUUGUUUUUCUAUUUUUGCAGCUUUGUUUAAAUAAAACUGUUAGGGGACCAGAAUACAGUAUGGUGUGCCAUUGACACAUCUUCAGUUUUACAGCCAUUAAGGUUUGGAGCCGGUGAUCAGAAUUCAUUCUGCAGUUGGAUCUUUUUGUUUCCCUUCACCCAGCAGUCUUUUCAUACGCAGGGAAAGUAGAUGGUUGUGCAUGUAAGACCUAUUUUGGAGCUAGCCCCCCAAAAGUAGGAAGGUUGAUUGAGGGGGAAAGGAAAAGGAUGGUGGUGUAAUAUUGGAAGGAUCACAAUAGAACUUUGGAGUAGAAUAGAAUGGAAAAAGAUGGUCAUGUAUGGAGACAAACGAUCCAGAUGUCUAAAAUGCCUUUAAGUUAAGAUGGGGGAAUAGUAGUGCUUGGUGCUAAAUGACCAUAGUAGCUUUGUGUCAGAAACAUGGUGGGAUAUGUGAGAUUGUGAUCUCUGGGUAUGAGCUCUGUAGGAAGGGAUAUGUUGGGAGGUGUUGCAUUGUAUACCAAAGAGAUCAGGUGUUACAAAACAUUAGGGGGAUUAACUCCCCAACAAAAGUGAUAUUGAUGGAAAUACCCAUAAAGAUUACUUAAAAAUGGAUGGUGUACUAUCUCAUGCACCUGAUCAAACCCCUGAAGCCAAUUUUGAUAUGGGGAAGAAAAUAAGAGACGUGAUUAAAGGAGAGAAUGUUGUGAUACUUUCUGAACAACUACAGUUACAUUAACUGGGUAAAUGUGUGAAAUGAGAUUCCAAGACAUCAUAAAUGACUCUGUACUGGAACAAUUGAGAGCCAAUGAUGGGGUAGUGACCUUGGACUUCGUUGUUGCACCAGUUGGGAACAGUGGCCACAAUGCUAUUAAGUUAUCCUGAAGUCUAAAACUUUAACAUAUGAUUUCAAGAGUGGGAACUUUAUAAAAAUGAAGGGAAUACUUCAAAGGAAGCUGAAAGGGAAACGAGUCAAAUUGUAGAGGAUGCUUGGAAGCUAUUUAAAACUGCACUAAUUGAAGCCAGGCUAAAACUUAUUACCCAGGUUACGAAAGGCACUGCUGAGUCUAAAAGAAUGCCUAAAAGGCUUCCUUAUGUGAACAGAGCACAGGGUUGGCAAAAGAAGUGUAAGUUGCAAAUAUUACACUGAGUUUUGGAGAAGUGUCCAGAGGGGAACCAGGAAAUUUCAGACUAGCCUAUAUGUCCCAGAGAAAUUAAAACAGAAUUAUUAGGCACAUAGAACAAAACCUGCUGACAGAAAAUCAGCAUGGCUUCUAGAAAAGGAACUCCUGCCUCACCAUGAGAUAAGAUGGGUCCUCAUAUGGAUUACAAAUUUGUUAAAUGACAGGAGCAGAGAGAAGGAAUAAAUAAGGGUGAGCAGAUUAGGGGGUUGGAAUACUUUUCCUCUUGAGGAAAGGCUGAAGAGUCUAGGGCUUCCCACUUUAGAAAACAGACAGCUGGUUAGGGGAACUUCAUAAAGUUUUAUAAAAUGCAUAGGGUAGAGAAAUUGGACUAAACUUUUUCUCUAAUUGUAGAAUUCAGUGAUAUCCAUUGAAAGUGAUAAGUAGUAGAUUCAUGAGGAACAAAAGGAAAUACAUAUUUAUACAAGUGAUUAAAAUGUGGUUUACUGCCAGAAGAAGUUCUGAUGGCCACAGGCAAUUUUAAAAGGGGAUCAGACAGAUUCAUGGAGGAUAGGUCUAAUAGUGGCUACUAGCCGUGGUACCACAAUCUUUCAUCAUUUACUAGAUUCAUUCUGCAGGAGAGAAGACAUAACUUAUCUCAACAUUUAUUGAUUGGUACAGCAUACAUUGACUACACAUUUAAUAUUAAAUCUACCUUCAAAUUGCAUUUUUGUGUUAAACUUAAUCUGUGUCAGUUUACAUCACAACUGUUUUGAAUAAACUGAAUUAAAUUUAAUAAGCAAUAAGUGCACAAUAGUAUAAGGAAUGCUGCAGAAACUAAAAUACAGUUCACUUCCAACUGGACAACCUUAAAUUGGAAUAAGCUAUCACUGUAUUUCCAGUUAAAGCAUAUUUAAGUUUUCCAAGUACACUAAGAUCAUACAAAACAGAUCUAGCAGACACAAGAUCUCCCAAAUAUAAACCCAUGUGCCAGCAAUGAUAGUCAAGCAGCAGAAGAACCAGUAGCAUCCUUGUGGAAAACAGCAACAGAAGGCAAUUCCUUUAAAUGCAACUAAUACAAAUCACAUUAGCUUAUUCAGUGAAGUGUUUCUGAAAGGAGGAGAUAACUGCAAAUUAAGCUACACAACACACCUAAAGGAGCAAAGAUUAGAAUAGCAUAAAAAGCAUCUAUAUAAUGCAUUUGCAAAAAUACUAAAAAUCAAAUCCUGACACCAAGACUGUGUUCUAUUGCAAUAGGAUACCACUAACUUAUUUGAGGCCUCCAUUACUGCAAUUACCACUUGUGCUAAAUCAUUCAAGCACUGGUAAAGUUUUUAAAAAGCAUUCUAUCAAAAUGAACAAGCAUACACCAUGCAUUUUAAUAGGUCUAAUAUUACACUGCAACACACUUCAUUUUCUUAAACUAACAUGGCAUUUAUUUCUCACAUCCAGAAACCUCAUGAGUGUCUGUUGUUAAAAUCUGAAGUGAAACCUUAAAAACACUUAACGAUUUCUCCAUCCCAAUAAUACCAGCCCUGUACUGAGGCACUGAAGUCAGCACCAUCAACAGAAUACAAGGCCCUAUGCAACUCAGCUUUGCAACCACAAACUCCCAUUUAAAAAAAAACAAAACAACCUUUUUCAGUCAGCUUUUUAAACCCAAUUUUUUUUGAAAGUGGCAGCUAGGUCACCGUUUUUGCCCUCCCAGAUCAGAGACAGUCCACUGCUGCCGCUUUUCUUUCAGCAAAGGCUCAUUAUUAGAUUAGACAUUCCUUUUCUUGUGCCAGUCUGCAUCUAGUUCACUGAAGCAGCUCAGGCUUCCAGCUUUCACAGAUCAGAGCUGUAAACGAAGAUGAUCUGCUCACCUCCAAGCAUCAGACCUAAACCCAGGCUCUCUAAAAUAACCAGUCGCCUCAAAGCCUAGCAGCCAAUCAACUCCUCUCAUAUAGCCUUAACUUCUUCACCUUUCCAGUGCACACACCACAGUCACAAGAUUGUGGCAGCAAGGCAAAGGUAGGAUCAAAUACGAAUGUGUGAACUGCACUGAAAUUACCCUGCAAAAUCAAAGAAGGCCAAGAGGAUUGUCAAAGGCAACCCCAGCUUUCUUGUAAUUUUCCAACACACACUGGUUCCCCAUUUAAUUAUAGCAGCUAAUAUCUGGCUUUCAAUUACUUUUCAUUAUCAGUCACUCAGCACAAGAGUAGCAGAGUUGAGCCAAAUUUCUAUAGAGUUAAUUUUUCAAAGCAUAAAUUGACAUUUUGUGGAGUGUAAAGCCUUCAUUAAAAAAACCAGUGCUCCAAAACACUGCCUUUCAUUGCAAACCGAGCUAAACUGCAAUGCCCUACAGAGUGCUUUCCUUAAAAUGGAUGCUUCAGAACACCAAAAGGAAAGAAUCUUCCUUGCAAUAUGUGGAUCCUAGUCCUCCUGUGGUUACCAAAAGGAGGGGAGGAUUGUACUGAACAAGGAAGCACAAUACUGCAGGCGCAAGUUCAAAGUAAGAAUAUUUUUGAACCAUGGUAAAAUGCCUUCUUUGUCACUAAACUUUGACAAAACUGAAAUGUAUUUUCACGGGGCUAAAAGAGUUUCAUGAAAAAGAUCACUCUUAAUUUCUGCUGACAGUAUUUUUGCAGUAAGAUCCAAACUAGAUGUGACAAUGGCCAUUUCAUGCAUUAAACUCAGAAUUGACCCAAUCCCCUAGACUGACAGGAUGGGGGAAUCCCAUUUUCAAAGCAAAAGGGGUGUGCAGGUGCGGUGAGGUGAGCCAAGGCAUCUCCCUCCCUUGGUUUACAUCCUUGCAACCCUUCUUUCAGCCAGUGUCACUUUGAGUACUGAAGCCCAGUACCUAGUAAAGUGUUUGCAAGGAUAUCAGCUGUAGGCAAGUGAGGCUUCUAUACUUACUUGUAAAACAGUGCCCAAGAUCCUGGGUGCUGUUAUAUUACCACAGCAGCUCUUCCAAUAGAAUGGCUUUUUGACAGCAAAGGAGAGGAGGGAGAUUUUUGGCAAUUCCCCCCCCCAUGCUAUAAGACUUCCAAUUUGUUCCCUACAAGGGGGGAGCACACAGGGAAGCAGAACUCUGCCCUACUGCUGAGGAUCCAACCCAACAGUCCCCCAUCUCUUUCUACACAAUAGAAGAAACAUUCAGAACAGCCAUCAUCACAUUUAGCAUGGCCGUGAACCUAGUAGUGAUCAUCAGCAACAGUCACUGAAAUGGCAGGUUAACAUGAUUAUAAAGUAACCAUGCAGAAUAAGACAGGGUAAAAUGCGUCGAUAGAACACAACACAACACACA